AUAACAAAAUUUAUAAUAUGACCUUUUGAUUUCGAUUUUCUACUUUGCUGCAUUUUGCUAAGGUUUUUUCCUAAAUUUUUUACUCUAUCAAUACGUUUUUAUUUAAAAUUACGAUGGCUUCCACGAAGUUCAACAUGCUUGUGAGAUCGUUGAGCACGACCACAGCCCAAGGAUUGGUCAAACCUCCUGUUCAAGUUUUUGGCAUUGAGGGACGUUACGCCUCGGCCUUGUUUUCGGCUGGAAGCAAACAAAAACAAUUGGAAGCUAUAGAAAAAGACCUUGUCAAAUUUCAAACUGCGUUGAAAAAGGACAGUGUAUUAAAGGAGUUCAUAGAAAACCCCAUCAACAAACGUGCCUUAAAGGCAAGCACUCUGAAAUUGGCAUCUACAAAAUUAUCGCUUUCACCACCAUCGUCCAAUUUCUUAAGUUUGUUGGCCGAGAAUGGAAGACUUAAGAAGCUCAAUUCCAUAAUUAACAGUUUUCAAAUUAUAAUGGCUGCACAUCGAGGAGACCUCCCUUGCAUUGUUACAACAGCUAAGCCUCUGGACUCGGCCGAUCAACAAGAGCUGACCAAGACAUUACAAUCGUUUGCCAAAAAGGGAGAAACGAUUAAAUUGUCUUUGAAGGUGGAUCCAUCCAUUUUAGGAGGAAUGAUAGUCAGUAUUGGAGAUAAAUAUGUAGAUAUGAGUGUUUCUAAAAAAAUCAAGAAGUACACUGAAAUUAUACAGAGUGCCAUUUAAAAUUUAAAUGUUCAUUAUAUAGUUUGGCACCGAUAUUUUGUUAUUAGAAUGAUACGGAUAAACAUUUAGUGCACAAUAACAUUAAACAAUUAUUUAAGUUAAUUA